AUGAUAUUGCAGAUGGCCUAUCAAGAAUUCAUAAAAAGAGUAUUAUCCACCGUGAUUUUCAUAGUGGAAAUAUUUUGAUAGAAGAUAAUGAUUCUAAAAUAGGUGAUUUAGGAUUAAGUAAAUCUGCUACUGAAGCUGACGAUAAUGAAACUUAUGGAAUUAUUCCUUAUAUGGCCCCAGAGGUUCUUCAAGGGCAAAAAUAUACCAAAGCAUCAGAUAUUUAUAGUUUUGGUAUGAUUAUGUGGGAAUGUAUGACAGGAAGAAGACCUUUUUGGGAUCGUUCUCAUGAUACUGAGCUGAUUAUUGAUAUUUGUGAUGGCUUACGUCCUCCAACAGUUGAUAUUGUAGCACCUGAAGGUUAUAUUGAGAUAAUGAAAGAAUGCUGGGACCCUGAUCAAAGUAAAAGGCCAGCUGGGAUUGUGGUUCCGACAGUUGACUUGUUAUCUAGAGAUGGAACCGGCGAAAAACAUCAACCAGUGUUAUUCGCAGAAUCAACUGAGCCAUAUUGCAGCAAUUUGCAAAAUCUAAUCAUGUCACUUAUUUCAGUUAACCUUGUAGUAAUUAGUUAUCUUAACGAAUUUCAAAGAAAAAGAUUUAUAUUUUAUGGAUAUUGUACGGUUUGGUAUUAUAAAUAG